AUGGGAGACCUGCCAAGGGAGGACAAUUCGAACACACUUCGCGUGCUUGUGGCGACGGACUGCCAUCUCGGUUACAUGGAGAAGGAUGAAGUGCGGAGGCAUGAUUCUUUCCUAGCAUUUGAGGAGAUAUGCAAAAUAGCGGAUGAAAAGCAGGUUGACCUUGUGCUCCUUGGUGGGGACCUUUUUCACGAAAACAAGCCCUCAAGAACAACAUUAGUUAGGGCCAUUGAGAUCCUCCGCCGGCAUUGUUUGAAUGAUCGACCAGUGCAGUUUCAAGUUGUCAGCGAUCAGACCGUGAAUUUUGCGAAUCUAUUUGGCCACGUAAACUAUGAAGAUCCUCACUUCAAUAUUGGUCUUCCAGUGUUUAGCAUUCAUGGAAAUCAUGAUGACCCUGCUGGUGUGGACAACCUAUCUGCAAUUGAUAUCCUGUCAGCCUGCAAUCUCGUGAACUACUUUGGGAAAAUGAUUCUUGAGGGUUCAGGGGUUGGUCAAAUAACACUGUAUCCCAUCCUUAUAAAGAAGGGUUCAACGAAUGUUGCUUUGUAUGGGCUUGGGAACAUUAGGGACGAGCGGCUGAAUAGGAUGUUUCAGACUCCACAUGCUGUACAAUGGAUGAGGCCUGAAGUUCAAGAAGGUUGCGAUGUUUCUGAUUGGUUUAAUAUCCUGGUACUUCAUCAGAACAGGGUGAAGACGAACCCAAAGAAUGCAAUAAAUGAACACUUUCUGCCAAGGUUUCUGGACUUCAUUGUGUGGGGCCAUGAACAUGAAUGUCUAGUUGAUCCCCAGGAAGUUCCAGGCAUGGGAUUUCACAUCACACAACCGGGUUCUUCAGUAGCAACAUCACUGAUUGAUGGAGAAUCAAAGCCUAAGCAUGUUCUGCUUCUAGAAAUUAAGGGAAAUCAAUAUCGUCCAACCAAGAUACCUCUGACAUCAGUGAGGCCCUUUGAGUACAGUGAGAUCGUGCUGAAGGAAGAAGAGGAUAUCGACCCAAAUGACCAAAACUCAAUUCUUGAACAUUUGGACAAAGUGGUCAGUACUCUGAUAGAUAAGUCUAGGCGAAAUGCCAUUGGCAGAUCUGAGCUCAAGCUUCCACUGGUCAGAGUCAAGGUGGAUUACUCUGGCUUUAUGACAAUAAAUCCUCAGCGAUUUGGGCAGAAGUAUGUCGGAAAGGUUGCUAAUCCUCAAGAUAUUCUUAUAUUCUCAAAGGCUUCGAAGAAGGGUCGGAAUGAGUCUGUAAUAAGUGAUGCUGAGCGCCUUCGUCCAGAAGAAUUAAAUCAGCAAAACAUAGAGGCUCUAGUAGCUGAAAGUAAUCUGAAAAUGGAGAUCCUUCCUGUCAACGACUUGGAUAUUGCACUGCACAAUUUUGUUAAUAAAGAUGACAAAAUGGCUUUCUAUACAUGCGUGCAACACAAUAUCCAAGAAACACGUAGUAAACUUGCCAAGGAUACAGACGGCGAAAAAUUUGAAGAGGAUGAUCUCAUUCUUAAAGUUGGAGAAUGCUUAGAGGAACGUGUAAAGUCGAGGUCUCAGCAGCCCCACCAUAAUCUUAUGUCCUCAACUAGUGCGCAGUCAACGGAGGAUUUCAGAAGUACAACUGCACCAGGAAUGGGAAGUGCAGUUUCCUUUAGUGAUGAUGAAGAAACAACCCAGGUAUCUGGGGCAAAGUCUACAGCCAGGGGCAGGAAAGGGACUACUACUCGUAAAGCUUCAGAAGCCAGCAAGAGCAAGACUUCCACAAGAGGAAGGGGUAGAGGCAGAGGCUCAACAAGUAGUUUGAAGCAGACAACUCUUGAUUCUGCUCUAGGUUUUCGGCAGUCACAAAGAUCUGCUUCAGCUGCAGCAACUGCUGCAGUGAGAAGCAUUGCUGAUGUGGAUGAAGAUGUGGAUUCUGCUUCUAGUGAAGAGGCAGAAGUACAAGAAAUUAACGAUAGUGAGGACGAUGAUGAACCGGUCAGAGGCAAAGGGCGGAAAAGAGCUGCAGCACCAAGAGGAAGAGGUAGAGGGACUGCAACAUCAAAACGUGGAAGGAAAGCAGACAGCCCGGCAGGGAUCAAGAGAAUGCUAAUGAGCAAAGAUGAUGAAGAUGACGAUGAUGAUGAAGAUGACAGGACUAAGCAAUUGAACAAGUCCCAAACACGGGUAACAAGGAACUAUGGGGCUUUAAGAAGGUGA